AUGGACUACUCUGAAUCGCUUCUGAAGAACAUAGCCAGCAUCCAUUUUUACCUGAGGGAGGGCUACUAUGGAACUGCUCUCAAAAUUUGUAAUGGAGCAGAAGCUGGGGCGCAACACAUACAGUUUCUGAAAGGAAUUGCAUUGAACCUCAGCGGCAAAGCAGCAGAAGCAAUGCGCUUGCUGGAGCCAUUGAGAGCAGGCGACUAUGCACUUGGGGUACUUUAUGCUUUGAAGCAGUCCCAUCAUAUGGCAGAAAAUCCUGAUCGUCAAUCACUACUCGAGAUAGAAUCCGAAAUUUCUUCUCUCAUUGAUGCUCCAGCUUUGGGGCAAUAUGUUGCAGCUGAAGCCCUCUUUUUCGUGAAAGAUUACGCAAAAGCAAAAUUACUCAUCGACAAAAUCACGAAGGCUGAUCCAGAAAAUGCUAUGUUCGCUUGCCUUUCUGGAUGGAUAGAGAUUUAUUCUGGACGCGAUCAGAAGUCGACGAUGGAAUUAUUCGACAAAGCCAUCGCCGGGCAUUACUUGGAUGGCUACGUCGGGAAAAUGACUGUGCUGUCCUCGAGACAGCUCGCAAACGACAUGAAAGCUCUAGCGAAG